AAGUGUCAAGGAAGUGAAGUUUACUGGUGUCAAGCAGGUGAAGACGUCUCUCUCGAUCUCGCGAGUUUAAAGUUCUGUGCCAGUUCCAGCUACAAGAUGUCCGGGACAAAAAAAACAACAUCUGGAUUGGUGGACGACUGGCAGGCUAGGAAGACUGUAACAGAGUGCAAUCUGCGCAUGCUCGAAACUGAAGACUGCAGUGACGCCACCUUCCGGUUGGGGCCACAGAAACAAGUGGUCCGAGCUCACAGUUACGUUCUUGUCAGUCGGAGCUGUGUAUUCAAGGCCAUGUUGUGUGGCCCCCUGGCGGAGAAAGGGGAAAUAACCAUUCCUGACAUUGAGCCAGACAUCUUCAAGGAAUUCUUAAGGUAUGUGUACACAGACAAGGCUACUAUUAACGCAGAAACUGUCACAGGACUCAUGUACACAUCCAGGAAAUAUUCUCUAGAUGGAUUGUACGACCUCUGUGUAGCUUUCAUGGACGAGUCUCUGUCAGACGACAAUGUCUGCCAGAUCCUCGAGGAGUGUCAUGGUUACGGGGAACUGGACUUGGAACAGAAGGCCUUGAAGAUCCUGACAGAAGGAGGGGAGAGAGUCACCAAGUCUCCAGGAUUUGUGGGUCUUUGUUCUGAUUGUCUGGGGAAGUUCCUGAAUUCGGAGACGCUGAACCUGAAAGAGGAGGAUAUAUUUGAAGCAGUGCUGUCCUGGACAAAGGAAAAAUGCCGGAAGGAAGUUGUGUGUGACACGCCUGAGAACGGACGAAGACUCCUGGAUGACAUGAGGUAUGAGAUCCGGUUUACCAGCAUGCCCCUGGAGUAUCUGGUGAAGGUUGUGGGCCCAUCUGGAUUACUGACAGUGGAUGAGAAAAUGAGAAUAAUAGACAGAGCCGUAGACACGACAGUGGACAUAUCCCCGUUUAGACAAUCCAGGAGAAAUGCCACACAAACGUUUGCAGGGAAUCUGAAUGCACAGACUUCUACAAAAACUCAGAAUACAUCAGCUUACAGUUUUGGAAUAGCAUCGAAUACACACACUGUUACAGGGAAUCUGAAUGCAUCCUGUAAAAUCGUGAAUAGAUUUUCGUUACUGAGCAGCUGGGAAAUGCCAGCUGGGCAAAAUGCUAUCUCAUUUACACCAAGUGAGAGCAUCCUCCUUUAUGGCUGUCAGCUAUAUGGUGGGCACGAUGUUGCAGACUAUACACUGACAAUCAGAGUGUAUGACGCUAACGACGUGGUGCUUUGUGAACCAUUCCAGGACACAGUGCUGCAGAUUCAAAAGAAAAGGCAGCUGAAUAACGUCGUGUUUAAAACGUAUGUCUCCCUCACAGCAGGUGCAACGUAUACUCUCUAUGCGGACAUGAAGGGGCCUGCCACUUGUUGUGGCUUGUACGGAAUGGACACAGUAACAGUGGGGGGAGUACAGUUCACAUUUACAGACUCCCCAAUGAGUACCACCAUCACAUCCACCGGGCUGGGACAGAUACCUGGCUUGAUAUUCUGUCCCCGCUCCUAGAGAGUAUGUCACGUGUCCUGCUGACCGACACUGUGGUGGAAACCGGAUCAUUUUUGGCAUGAAAAUGAUAAACUGAGUUGACUAUAUGUAGAUUCACGACCCUCAUUACAUUGAUACAUGUGUCUUCCAGUUGACUAUGUAGAUUCACAACCCUCGUUAC